GUGCAUUCGUGCCCCCACAACUUAUCCUAACAUGAUGACCUUUGGAUAUAUUUGGCAUGGGUCAUCCAUAUGAUGCGAUUUAUCAUUUUAAAAGCUCUGAAAUGUAGUUGUUCCCUGCGAUAAGAACUGAGUGAAAUUUUAUAUAACAGUUGAGAGUUCAAAACCCUGACAAAUCCAAAAUAUUGCUCGUAUUCACUAUUUUAGCGAUUUAACUCUCACAGGAGGUCUUGGGGUAAGUUUUAAGGGUAUAAAUUGAUUUUUCAAGUUUUAAUGGGUUUUAAAUGAAAAUUUUACAUUAAUAGAUUUUUAAAAUUCGCACGCUUUAGUGGGCGUACAAAGCCCUAAAUGUAAAACCCUUUCAUGUACGCACAAAAUCACCAAUUCACAAUCACUUUGGACAAUUCUGCAUCGCAUCAUCUACGGCUGCACAUCUCCGUUGAACCCAAGGGCUUCACGUUAUUAGAAAUCAGUCCGCUUCGACCUCCUUCCUCCGACCUCGAAGCCCUUCACGUUUCUUCUGCUCGACGGCGUUCAGAGCUUCACUUCCGGCCACCAGGCAUCGACCUCAGCUUCAUCAAGAUGAGUCUCUUACAGAAAAGAAAAGCCCCAGAGACGAAACCAAAAACAGGUGGUAACAUAGCGGAAUCAGAUCGCAUAGUACUGAAUGUGAUCAAAAGCAAAAGAGAAAUGGCAAUCUUUGUAAAGGAUUUAAAGCAGGAAGCAGGACUCCCAGAUCCGACUUUCAACAAGUCUAUAAAGAACCUCCUAACUUCUGGUUUAAUAAAAGAAGUUGCCCAUGUCCAAUUAAAGGGCAGAAAACACUAUAUUGCAGCUGAGUUUGAGCCAUCACAUGAGAUCACAGGUGGUUCAUGGUAUUCAAAAGGGGAGCUUGAUCAGGACUUCAUUAAUGGUCUUAAAGACCUUUGCCUCAGGAUCAUUCGUAAGCUAAAGGUUGCAACUGCUGAUGGAGUAUAUGAUUUUUCUGUUAAAAAUGGGCUGAUUAAUAUCGAUUGCACGAGUCAGCAGAUAAGUGAGAUAUUGAAGUCUAUGGUUUUGGAUAAUAAGAUUAUAGAGGUGAAGAGUACUGGAUUGGGGGAAUACCAUUCCAUUCCUAUUGGGAAUUUAUGUUAUAGAUAUACAACAGGGGAUUCCGCUCAGGGUUUGAAAACAGGGGCAAUGGUGUCAAUUCCUUGUGGUGUUUGUCCAAGAAUUAGAGAGUGUACACCUGAUGGACUCAUCUCUCCAACUACCUGUGUUUACUACACCAAGUGGUUAGAUUUCUGAUCCAUUUUUACAAACCUAUGUUUGAUUUUGGUUGUAUAGUUUUAAGUUUGUUUCUUUUCUUCAUCUUUAUCUAACAAUUUUAUGAAUUUCUGAUCAUGACACCAUUUUUGUUUCGUUUCAUCCGUUAAAGACCUGUUCAUCUUUUAUGAAUUUCUUAUUAGAGCAUUGAAUGAUUCGAUUUUGAAUGAUCAUUUCAUUGUUCAUAUAAUAGGAUAUUUAAGUUGAAUAAAACAGAGGGAAAGUGCUACUCAUUGCAUUCAUCCCUAAUUAUUAUUAUAUGAUAUGAUAUUGGUAUGGUUGUUUUUGUUUUUAUUA